CCGGGACAGGAGCAGGGGGGCUCACCGGGAGCAGGACAGGAGCAGGGGAGCUCACCGGGAGCCGGCACAGGAGCAGAGGGGCUACGGCUCCCCACGGGCGCUGCCGGCUCGGGGCUACUGCGGCUCGGUGCCCGCUCGGGGGCUGCAGGCACAGCGCUCUUCUUGCGGGCGCUCGGGUGCUUCCAAAUAUGCACAGAAAUAAUUUGAUUCGGGCUAACUCGAUGUAUGCCACCGCAUUCUUUCCGUCUGGGGAAUGCGGCUGCUGAAAAUGCCGAUUUCAGGGACAGGAGGAAGCUGCACAGCGGCAGAAGUUGUACUGUCCCAGAGGGCAGCGCGGCGGCGACCCCCGGCUCCUGUCCAGCCCCCAGGGCGCUCAUGGCUACUUGGCUGAACCGUGACUCGUCCUCCCCCCACACCACACAAGGCUAAACAAGUACUCUACAGCUACUGAUAACGCCUAAAAGGCGAUUAGGAGACGUUUUUUUCUUUACUGGUGGCUCUAAAGCAGAUGAUGCAGAAGUUAAAAAUACAGUUUGUAGUAAGGCUUCAUCACACACUAAGACAUUUCCAUAUUCCUUACAAUAUUCUUUGAACCUCCUCUUUGUGAUCUUGACUGCUUUUGUUGGGCAGCUUUCAUAAAUCUACCUUCCCAUGUGCACCUGUGCUGUGUAUAUUACAGUAACCCAAAUUAGUUUGCAUAUUACAUAAAUUAGGACAGCAGGAUCUAGAAGCAAUUCGGACACAACUAGUGAACUGCUUCUGCUUGUGGGCUGAGUAUUCCACUCCAGGAGAGAGCAGGAGUUGCACCAGCUGCACCUGGAGAACAGAGUGGGUGAAUGCUGCAGUAAACCAGCUACUCUGAGAACACCUGCGUAGAAGACACAAGUCCCAAAUUUCAGCACGUCUUAAUUCUGAUUUGAAAAAGCCUCACAGAUGUAAAGACAGUCCUCAGGUGAAGGAAGCAGUGAAGUGUCUGCCGAAACUUCCUGUUGGAAUGCCUCACAUCAAUGCAGCUGCAGCUCUGCAGAUUUCCAUGCUGCUCUUUGCUCUUCCUGCACAGUAUUUCAUAUCUCAGUGGUACAGAACGGACUCUGCUGAGCGCAUCCAAAUAACAGAAAGGAUAAUUGCCUCUUGGAGCAUCUCAACAAGAUCUUACUUGAGUCUGGAUGCAUGGACAGAUCAUUUAAAGCUGUGGCUCUCAAAGACAAGGAAUUGGUACUAUGGAGAGAACAAAGCUAAAAGCGGUGCCAAUGAAGUAAAACCCCAUUCUUAUCUUGCAGAAUCAGCUCAUGUUCACAGUCCAAAGCCUCAAUAUAUUAAGUUCUGUGUGGGCCAGGUAAUAAUUCACAGAAGAUUUGGCUACUCAGGAGUCAUUGUUGGAUGGGAUGUAAAAGCUAACACUCCAGAAGAACAACUACAACCCAGAUAUCCUCCAGUGAAACAGGAUCUAAAAGAUACUCCUCACUAUCGAAUUCUAAUUAACAAAGCAAAUGGAUUUGGCAAAUCUACAGCUUAUGUUUCUGAGGAAGAGAUAACAGUUACUAUGGGAUUAGAGGUGUAUCACCCUGAUAUGAAAACCUACUUCAGUGGAUAUGAUGGAUCAAAAUACAUUAUGCAGCCAUGGUUGAAAAAACUCUACCCUCAUGACUGAGUACUUCAGUGUCUGUACAUGUAAUGUACAUCCAGAUAACAGAUGUCCUUUUUAAAACUGAGCAAACAGACAGCACGAUAAAAUGUAUAUUUUUUUUCCUUUGAUGAAAUAAAACAUUCCUAAGCAGGUUUUAUGUUGGACACACUUUUGUGAGAAGUGAACACAAUGCAUGCUCAGUUUGUCAUGACUUAGUAAUGGAGAUGACUUCCUUCCAGUUUUGGGAGGAAAGGUAUACAUAGUUUCAGAUAUAGCACAGUUUCAGCCAGGUGUGCUAAACGUUUGCCACAUCAAAUAUCUUGCUGUUUUACAAGGGCCAGGAAAAA